UGUACACAGUUGUCAAAAGCUUAUAAAUGGUUACGGACUUGGCAGUUUGGUUAUUGAUAGGCGAUUUUCUAUUGGCUAAUUCGCCUUUAUUUGGCGAGUAAUAAAUAGACAUAAUUAAGAUCUCGUGGAGACGUUUAGGAUUAUUUUUCUGAAUCACACGCAGCAGCCUAGGACCUUGAAACAACACCAUGGUUCACGCAGACUCACUAACGUCGCUGGUGAUGAUCUGCAUGGCGUUCUGUCUGCCAGGCGUGGCCCCGGACGUCAAGUUCUCCGACCUGCUGCCCGAACUGGCCACCUGUUAUCAACGAUUCGCACACGUCACCCUCGACCGGGUGGUGGGCAGGUUCCUCUCCUGGCACUGCGAGGCGCCCCUUGGCAUGCGAAAUAUUCGGCACCGAGCGAAGCACCCUCUGCACAACUACUUUAACGGUCUCGUCCAGAGAAUGCACGAUGCUGGACGCGGCAGAGUGAAGAGACAGGCGAGAAGGUGUGUGAGGAAGGAGUACAGGAUGCUCACCACGCAGGAGAGAACCGAUUAUCACAGAGCCGUGAAUGGACUCAAACGGAACACGAUAGUACAGCCAAAUGUGUACGAUGCGCUUGCUGCGCUUCAUUCGGAGAUGCAGAUACUCAAAGCCCAUGGCGGACCGUGUUUCCUUGGCUGGCACAGAAUAUACAUACUCAUGUAUGAAAUGGCUCUUGGCGAUGAAGUCCCCGGCGUCUGUCUUCCAUACUGGGACAGCAGUCUCGACAACGAGUUAGAAGACCCAUCCCAGUCUUACAUGUUCAGUCCUGAACUCAUGGGUAACGGCAAUGGUCCAAUAACUACUGGUCCUUUCGCGGGAUGGAGGCGCCCUCCGAAUACCGACAGCCCAAACAACCGCCAGCCUCCAGUCAUAAGAAAUGUCGGUGCUGACGGACAGCUUUACUCACGACAGUCGAUAGAAAUGAUUCUGUCCCGCAACGACCACUCGGAAAUCAUCGCCCCCAACUCUGACCCAGACUACGACAUCGAAGUACAGCACGGAGGAGUCCACUUGUUUAUUGGGGGAGAUAUGGAGGCUUUAGAGACGUCACCAUUUGAUCCCAUCUUCUUCAUGCACCACGCAUUCGUCGACUACAUCUGGGAACUGUUCCGUGUGAAGCUGAGAGAUCAGUUGAAUAUCGACCCGUCGACAAAUUACCCGAUGGAUCAUAACAUACAGUUUCACGGACGUGAUGAGGUGAUAGACAUCGCUAAUUUUACGUGCGGCGACGGCUACAGCGACCGGCUAAUGGAGACGGUGGAGUACGAAUCGUCGCCAUCCUGUUCUGCCAGGCGUCCAUCGUGCAACUCGCCAUACCUAAGAUGUCGGUUAGACGAAGGUCGAUGCAUACCAAUAACCCUCCAGGAUACUCCACUACCAGUACCUCCAGGCCCGGGCCCUGUUAAUCCUAAUCCGGAUCCCGUUAUUCCAGAUCCAGUUGUACCACCUCCUCGCCCAGACCCAUUCAAUCCGAAUCCGGUGGAUCCACAACCGAAUCCAAACGUCCCACCAAAAGCCAGUGACUGUUCACAUAUUGAACGAGAGCGACACAACGUGAAGCCGUGCCAGAACACGUUCUGUCUGAACGGGAUCUGCGACAUCGACCAGUGGGUGUACGUGCCGGUCAAAGUGGUCACCACUCGACCUCCAGGGCUGCACAAAUACAAAUCGUUUCCAGUAAUCAAUGGUGACAUCUCCACUGCCAAUGAUAUCUAUCAUCCCAGUGCGUACAGCAAAACCAAGAGGAUAAUAGAAGGCAAGCUGGGUAAAACGCCCAAAGGAUACACUAACUGCCAUGAUGAUGGCAUUGGGCAGAUUUUCGUCCAGUCUCAGGGUCUGAAUUAUGAAGGAAUCUAUAAGGAAUCGGCUAUAAUAGAUCAGCGACUGGCCACCACGAUGUCCAUAGCUUACAUCGCUGUCAAGGAUCCUGGCCAAAGGGGCAUCACACGGGCUCUGUUUCGAGCAGCUGAUUCCUGUGGUCGGGUCUGUCACACAUCCUGCAGGAAUCCGAGAACCGGCGCGUUCGAGCCGUGCUCUGGAGUCAUAGAACUGGACUCGCAGUAUCCGCGGAUGUACAGUAAGAAUUACGGGGAUGCUACUCUCGACGUUUGGGACUAUGGCGGAGAACAGCGGUGUCCUGCGUUCAACAACGACAAGUUCUUCCUGACGUUCUACUGCGACUACAAAGACCACUUGCCGUGGGUGGACAAGAUGGCGGCCCCUGCUGCAAAACCUAAGAUUAUGCCAAGACCAGCUCCAGUUUUCAACAAUCGAGAAUGUCGAAUCAGCAAGACAUGCGUCCUUGACGUCUCAUGUUUCUCCGCCACCAGGAUGUGUCGCUUCACCGGCGAGACGCACCGCUGUCGUGGUACGUGCUCCGGCUACGCCGUAUGCAACUACGGCCGCUACAAGGAGAGUCACUGCUCUGGUGGCAGGGCUUUCAGCGAGAAGAUGCACCGGUGCACGGGAAUGGCCUGCGACGAACUCAGACCGGGCAGCAGAGUCAGACCAGGCAGCAGUAGAAGAACCGGCUCCAGCGGCAGCAUAAGCAUCAAGUUUGGUGGUAGCAGCAGACCCAGCUCUACAAGCAGCAGAACGAGUUUUGGUGGCAGCAGCAGCAGUCGGUCGUCCGGGUGGAACCCGUUCCGGCCGUCACCUUUCAGAAGCCGAUAUCCGUGGAACUUCGGUUCGUCAGUGUUUAGAACUGGGUUCGGGAAACGUUGAAUGCGCAUGCGCAAAAUACUUUUGUUAUCCGUUGUUGUUUGUUUUUUGUUUUGUUUUCUCUGUUGGUCGUGCAUAAUACAGUUACGGACAUGUAAUAGAAGUAAAGUUUACGUGAUAACAUGUAUUUUAGUUACAAGAAGACGAAAACCGUCCUUAACAUAUUAUAUCAAUGUAUAUUUGGGUUUUCAAGUGUGUACCACUGCCCUAUUCCUUUCUCUAAUUACAGGUACAUAUAUUUUAGAGUCCGCAAUGUGUAUUUUUUAGUGGAGGGGAGGAGAAUGGAGGGGAGGGGGGACUGUCAGUGCGAUGAUGGCCGGGAGGUGGACAUUUGAAGGUUCGAUGGGCCUGAACCUUAAAUUGAGCGUUCAGGAGUAUGCUUUCCCGACAAAAAGAAAAAGAAGAUGUUCAAAUAUGACACUUCCAGCCUUCUGUUUCCUAACCAGUUUAGCGGGCUUUAGCUCAGUCAGCAGAGCAAUCAAUGUCCUGUUAAACAAAACAAACUUGUUUUUAGCUGAAUAGGAAACGUUAAAGUUAACGAAAAUACUAGAGCACAUUGAUUUAUUAAUCAUCGGCCACUGGAUGUCAAACAUUUGGUCAUUUUGACAUAUAUAUAGUCUUAGAGAAGAAACCCUCUACAUUUUUCCAUUUGUAGAAAGGGUUCUUUCAUAUGCACCAUCCCAAAGACAGAACAGCACAUACCAAGGCCUUUAAUAUACCAGUCGUGGUGCACUGGCUGGAAAAAACCCCAAAAAGCCUCAAUGAUCUCACCACUGGGCUACGUAUCGCCCAUCAACCGAUGACGUCGUAAUGUUUGUCUUGUCCAUCGACUAUUCGUGUACGAUGCACUCGCCUAUGACGUCGCCUUAAUUUAUUUUCGCCUAUGUACGGCACUGAAAACAGAGAACAGAGUGGAGACAAACUACAUGUAUUUGUAUGUUUCGUGGAAGAAACCGAGAGCGAUGGCGAGCCAGAGAUAAUAAAUACUAAAGGCGACGCCACACGAUACGAGUGCCUUGUACACGAAUAGUCGAUUGAGAUGAGACAAACAUUAUGAUUUCACCCGAAUCAUUGGUUUCUAUGCAAUCGACUAUUCUCGUACGAGGCACUCGUCUCGUGUAACGUUGCCUUAAGCCCGCAGAAACACUAUGUUCGAAUGACUACUUGUGUUAUGGUUCCUGUAAAUAUGUGUGGUGGGAAUAAACUUUGAAUAUUC